ACAAAGCAGUGAGAAGACUGAGAAGCAGAGGCUGUCAUGGCCACCGGUUCUGGGCCUCUUCUUCCUGAAGUCCCCCGGAGUGGAUUUCUCGUAGUGGGCGGAGGAAUCGCCGGAGUAACGUGCGUCGAGAGGCUGGCUACAGAGUUUCCCACCGACGAUAUUUUAUUAGUCACAGCAUCUCCGGUUAUAAAAGCAGUUGUGAAUUACAGACAGGUCUCCAGAACUUUAGAAGAGUUUGAUGUUGAGGAACAAGCAAACCAUGUCUUAGAAAAGCGCUACCCUAACAUUAAAGUUAUACAGUCAGCUGUAAAACGACUGAAAAGUGAAGAACAUAAAAUAGUUACAGAGGCUGACAAAGAAUAUGUUUAUGAAAAACUUUGUCUGUGUGCUGGAGCGAAGCCAAAACUGAUUAUUCAAGAAAACCCAUUUGUGUUGGGAAUCCGAGAUACAGACAGUGCUGCGGAUUUUCAGAAACGUUUGGCAAAAGCAAAAAGAAUAGUCAUUGUGGGAAAUGGCGGCAUUGCACUUGAACUGGUGUAUGAAAUUGAAGGUUGUGAAGUUAUUUGGGCCAUCAAAGACAAAGCAAUUGGAAAUACCUUCUUUGAUGCAGGAGCAGCUGAAUUUCUGAUUCCAAAACUGAGUGCUGAAAAGCCAGAGCCUCCUCUUGCUUGUAAAAGAACAAAAUAUACAACAGCAGAAAGUAAGAUGGAAGAGAGAGCCACAGCAGGAUCCGGAAGAACUGGCAGUGCCCUAGGCCCUGAUUGGCAUGAAGGCAUGCAGCUUAAGGGGGCCAAAGAGCUUUCCCAUAAAGUUCAUAUUGAACAUCUGUGUGAAAUUAAAAAUACAUACCUCCAGGAGGAAUUUCUUCAGUCUCAGAAGGUUUCCUUAGCUUUUCCCAAAGCUCAGCAGGACAAGAGGAAUGUGGAAACAGAUGAAGAGCUUUGGCCUGUAUAUGUGGAAUUAACCAAUGGGAAGAUAUAUGGCUGUGACUUCAUUGUUAGUGCAACCGGAGUGCUCCCAAAUGUCCAGCCAUUCCUUGAUGGUAAUAAUUUUGCUCUAGGUGAGGAUGGAGGUUUAAAAGUGGACAAAUACAUGCACACAUCACUGCCAGAUAUCUAUGCAGCAGGGGACAUCUGCACAACAUCAUGGGAGCCCAGUCCACUUUGGCAGCAGAUGAGACUUUGGACCCAAGCUAGGCAGAUGGGAUGGUAUGCUGCAAAAUGUAUGGUUGCUGAUACUCUUGGGGAACCUAUCGACAUGGAUUUCAGCUUUGAACUCUUUGCUCAUGUUACAAAAUUUUUCAACUACAAGGUUGUGCUGCUAGGAAAAUACAAUGCUCAAGGACUGGGUUCAGACCAUGAACUGAUGUUGAGGUGCACCAAAGGACAGGAGUAUGUCAAAGUAGUGAUGCAGAAUGGACGAAUGCUGGGAGCAGUGUUGAUUGGAGAAACAGACCUGGAAGAAACCUUUGAGAACUUGAUUCUAAAUCAGAUGGAUCUUUCACGCUAUGGUGAAGAUCUCCUGGAUCCAAAUAUUGACAUUGAGGAUUAUUUUGACUGAGCUUCUGAAAAUAAUAGCAUCUGUGGCUUCCUAUAAUGUUUGAUAAA